AUGUUUUCUGAAGACCAGACGUUAGGAAACCCUGUAGCGACAACUGAACAAAUUAUAACCAAUGGUUUCUUGGAUGGCGAGUAUACAGCUUCGGCGGUUUAUGACUCAGUAGAAAAUGAUUCGCUUGAUCUUCUUAUAAGUCAAGAAUGGGAAUUUCAACAAAUGACCGAGAGGGAGAAUAUUGCAGAAUCAAGUACCUCCACGAUGACCAGAGAAUUUGAAAAAAGGGAUUGCAUAAUUGGCCCGCCUCUCGAGGAAAACGUUGAUUUACGGGAUGUUUGCGAUGAUACUCAAAAUGAACGAGAAAGGCAAAGAGGUGAAGAUGUGUCUUCAUCUCAUAGGGAAAAUAAUUUGGAAAAUGUAGACACCGACGAAUUAUUAUACGGUGGAGAUUACACGCGUUCUCGGAAUACCCUUUCUGCUAUAUUAUCAUCCGGUCGACAAUUACGAUUCUCUGAAAGGCAAAUUAGGCCGGUAUUGCAAAAUUAUACCUUUAAGCGAAAGUCAUUGGUGGAAAAAUCAAUAUAUCAAAUGAUGGAUGAAAUAGAACGCGAAAAAACACAGGUCCCUAGAUCCAUAAGAGAAAUGAAAACGAAUAUUCGUCCAGCAGUUGUUUCGGACACCAAAUCAAAAUCGUGGGUGGAUAAAUACCGACCGAAACAUUAUACAGAUUUAAGCGUCAACAGAGAUGUAUUAAAAUGGGUAAACCAAUGGAGAUUUUGUACAUUUGGUAAAAAAAAUUAUCAUAGCGAAGUUGACGGCAAAAAUAAACAGCAACUAGACAAGUGGGAUCGACCAGAGAAAAAGAUUUUACUGUUGACUGGACCACCCGGAUAUGGAAAGACCACUUUGGCGCAUGUUGUAGCGCGUCAUUGUGGCUAUAAUGUAAUAGAAGUCAACGCCAGUGAUGAUCGGACAGGUCAAGUUAUCAAGAACAAAGUCACAAAUUCUUUGGAAUCCAAUACUGUCGAUCAAAAAAAGAAACCUUCAUUAGUUAUUAUUGAUGAAGUAGACGGAGUUUCCGGCGCUGGGGAAGAGAACUUCAUCAAAUUACUCAUCGAUCUGAUUGACGUGGAGAAACAACCAUCGCUGGAUGCAAAUUCUACUGGAAAGGAUAUUACAACUGGUAAAAAACAAAAACAAAAGGUUAAGAAAACACUUCGUCGACCUAUCAUCUGUAUUUGUAACGAUCAGUAUGCACCCGUGUUGCGUCCUCUCAGAUUUUAUGCAAAAAUAGUACAAUUAAAAAAAACGCAAACUGUCAAACUCGCAAAAAGAUUAAAGAGGAUUUGUGAACAAGAAGAACUAUUGACUGAGAUGUCGGCUUUAAUUUUCUUGGUGGAAUUAACUGAAGGGGACAUGAGAAGUUGUUUGAAUGCCCUGCAGUUUAUUAAGGAAAACUUUAAGUCAGUGACAAAAGAUUCGAUAAUACGAUCAAACACUGUGAAAAAAGACAUUAAUAAGCCUUUGUUCGAAAUAUGGGGUGAAAUAUUUCAACUGAGAGAUGCCAGAAUGAAAUCUAGCGGAAAAAACCAUACAUUACAAAAUUCAGGAGAACAUGAAAAUGACGUGAAUCGAUACGUUAGUUACCUGGAAUCCAUACUAAAUAUCAACGGUGAAUAUGAGAAGAUUUUACAAGGCAAGGCAUUGAAUUUUCAUGAUUCAAAAUAUAAACUUUUUCAAAGCACUGAAUGGAUGCAUUUUUAUGACCAAAUUAACUAUCUUUCUAAUUCACAACAAUUGUUUGAACUAUCUGGUUACAGUCCAUAUCCCCUUAUUAGCUUCUAUCGAUUUUUCGCGGGUAGCAUCCUUCCGCGUAUCGAAUAUCCAAGAAAGGACUAUGAGAGUUACGUUCAAAAACAGGCAAAUGAAGAAUUAAUCACAUCUUUCCUAAAAGGAACUCCACUAAACUGCCGGAUAAACAUGAACAAAAUUAAAACCUCAACUGAAAUGAUUUCACACUUGAUGAGAAUUGUUAACUUAAAAUUAGAAAUGGAACAAGAAAAUAUACAAUCUGCAUUAUUGUCAAACACAAAACUUUCGCGAGUAGUAGAUAUUAUGCUUCUCUUCAACUUGAAGUUUACUCAGAGAAUGGAAAAUGGGAAACUUUUUUUCAAAAUUGAACCACCAAUAGACAGCCUCAUCUUGUUUUCGAAUAAUACAUCAAUGGGUAAUUUACCGAGUCAUGAGAAGUCCAAGCAAUUGAUAGCAAAAGAAAUUGAAGUAAGGUUAGAAGACGCUCUUUCCAAAAAGCGAAUAGAUCAUAAUAAGAAGAGGAGCUUUAAUAUGAGUGAAUAUGACUUUCAUGUGGAUUUGAAAGUAUCACAAAAAGAAAAGGAUAUUAAAAAGCCUCUGCUAGAUUUCUUUGGCAGGCCAAAGGUUGAAAGUGAAAUAAAAGCUAGUUCAAAAAUUCUUGCUAUACCAAAGGUUUGGUAUACUUAUCACGAAGGUACUUCCAAGGCCGUAAGAACAAAGAUGAAAUUAAGAGAUUUCUUGUAA